AUGCAUCUAUGUCGCAAGCUACCCGAGAAGAAGAAGCCCAAGCCUGAGGAAGUAGGUGCAAGUACCAAGAUUGCCCGGCAGUCUGAAGCUACUGCACAGGAGCAGUCCAGCAGAGGCCGAAGAACUCGACGUAGAGAGGUACACCAUACCAGCAAUGACGCACAGCUCACUAUGGAGGCUUCAAGUGACGGAUUCGAUCGCAACACAACGCGCAACGGCACAUGUAGAUCUAAAUGCAGAAAGGUCUUACCGAGCAGUACACCCGAUCAGCAUACACAGGUGGCUAGCCCGACGUCAAGCCCAUCCAGGGCGAGUUUGCUCCAAAGCACGGGGAAACCGGCAAACCCUGUUGACGCAAACACUGCGGACACAAAUAAAGAACUACAUAAUGGCGACGAUACGCUACCUUCCCCCGUAACUUCGAACGAUCUUGGCUUAGGUGAAGAUCUCAAUUCCGCGAUGGCAUCUGAUAAUGAAGAUAUUCCCAUGGAGGACGACGACUCAAGUCAGCGGCAAGACAUCGACACAUUGAACCCCGGUCUCAGUAGACGCUCAAGUAGGGCUCGAAAGAAGGUAUCCUACGUUCCGGCUCACUUUGACGAUAUGUCGGACCAAGAGAUGGAGUUUGCGACGAAAGACGAAGACGAGGACGAGGACGUAUCGGACAUUUACAAUGUUCCCACAUCGGACGAAGAAGAAGAAAGCGAGGCGGACAUCGAGCCUGCAUCUGCUGAUGAGGAAGCCUCAAGUACGAGUGACGCGGAAUCGUUGGACCUUUUGUCGGAUGAAGAUGCUGGCCCUGUUGAGGACGACCAAGCUAGGUCGAACCCACGCAAAAAGAUCAAGACUGGAGAAUCGUCUCGGACUGGAAAAGGCAUCGAUCUCAGUCUCCCGCCUCUGGCUAGCAUUCAAGAGUGCAUGUCUGACAUGACUGCCAAAGCCGUAGAACUUGGCCUUUGUAAGGCCUUGGAGAGCUUGGGAGGACGACCGAUCAGGGUCGCUACGAUGUGCUCCGGCACUGAAUCUCCUUUGUUAGCCUUGGAUGAGAUCUCGAAAGCACUAACAACAAUGGGGAGAUCUCCGAUUCACAUCCAGCAAGAGUUCUCAGCCGAAAUCGAGGUCUUCAAGCAAGGAUACAUUGAAAGAAACUUCGUCCCACAGAAGCUGUUUCGAGACGUCCGUGACUUCCUUCGUGAGGGCGCAACGACAGCAGUAACAGCAUACGGCGCAGAAACAGACAUUCCCGAGGGCAUCGACAUCCUUAUUGCCGGCUUCGUCUGCAAAGACCUCUCCCGUAUGAACAACAAGGGAAAGUCUAUCGACGACGAUGGCGAAUCAGGCGACACAUGGCGAGCGAUCUACACUUAUGCGGAUCGCUUUCGCCCCACCCUGGUACUGUUGGAAAACGUGAAAGCCAAGAAGAACACCUGGGAUGAUGUUGUAGAACGGUGGGCAAAGAUCGGCUAUGAAGCUCAAUGGACCUACUGCGACACGAAAAACUUCUAUCUACCCCAGACGAGAGAACGGAUGUACAUGGUCGCGGUAGAGAGUUCACACUUCGGUCCAGAUGUGAAGAGCGCCACAAGCCAGUGGAAGGAACUGAUGCGCAAACUAGAGAGACAGUGCAGCAGCCCUUACGAAGCUUUCCUUCCGGAGUCGUUGAAAGAGUCGAGUGGCUUCAGCAUAUUGAAAAACGAACCGGACUGGGCUCUGUGUAAGCUCCGGAACGACCACAUUCGAUCUGAUAAGAGACUGGGGAUACUGAGCCCCGUCAGCCGACGAAGCGACAACGGCACGGUCAUGCCUCCCGAUUUCGCAGAUCGAAAAUUCUACAGCUCGCAGUCCUCGAGAGUGCAUGACGCCAUUGACAUUGCCCACCUAGAGUAUGCUGCCAUCAAAGGCUGUGACUCGCUUUACAAGAUGGCGCUCUGGGAUGUUACUCAGAACGUCGAUCGAUUCAAAGCUGGCUUAGGUAUCGCGCCAUGCCUGACGCCAAGCGGCCUAGACUUUGCGAGCAAUCGUCAACAUGCUCUCAACGGUAGCCAACUUUUGAUCCUUCAGGGGAUGCCCCUCGAUAGACUGCUAUUCGCCAACGAAACCCAGAAGGACCUACAGAACCUAGCUGGUAAUGCCAUGUCAACUACAGUGAUCGGGGCUUCUCUCAUCUCUGCUCUUAUCAUCGGAUCUAGAGCCUUUCGCUUCAACAACGUAGCAACACCUGACAAGGCACAGGAUUCGUCGCUCACCAGCAAAAUGAUCGCUCGGCCGGACAUCUUGAAUCCUACCAUUCUGGAACCAAGCAUUUACGAAGAUCUUGAUCUGGCCGCGUUUAAGGACGAAGCAAAGUUAAGUGCGCGUAUGUGCAACUGCGAAGGCAAACAGGUUAUCACCAAGACCGCGAUUCAUAUCUGCUCGGCAUGUGGACAUUCAGCUUGCGCAUCCUGUGCCGGCAACCCCAAGCACUUCUACAAGGAAACACUGUCGACCCAACAGAGAAAGCUGCAACCCGACGAAUUCAUCAGACGAUGGAGGCCUAAACUCCCUCCACGGUUGAAGUUCAAGGCUUUUCCGGACAUACACCAUCUCGCUUCCGAACUGGGCGCAGAAGAUGCAAUCUUGGAUCAAUAUCUGACUACAGUGUCGGAAGCGCAUUUAGGCUCCCAGCAUUUCUGCAUCGACGAGUUUUCCAGGGAGUACAAGGAGUGGAAGAUCACCUACAGCUCGCCUCAGGCCACAAUCGAGCUGAAAGUCGGCUUUGACAUACAAUGGUCACUUUUCCUCAAAUGCCCAUCAGAACUCCCCGGCAAUAGUCCCUUGCGCGACUUCCUUCGCAAUCCGAUCGCACAAAGCAAUGUUGCAGACACUCUUUUCAGUGUUGAGUGGAAAGUACGCAUGCCCUGCAUCAGCAAUCACAGUCUUGAUGUGAGCGGCUCGAUCGAUAGGUUCAGCUCAUGGCGGAGUCGGCUCGGUCUUUUGGACUACAAAGAAGAGACUGUACCCAUGACGAUCAACAUCCGGGGCGAUAGUCCAGAGCUGGCGGCCGUCAGCGGCGAUUACGAGCAUCAACCGCAUUGUGGAACUGCGUCGACUAGCCUCUACAAGAGGUCGACGGAGGUGGAUACCAUGUACUUGUUCCUCGAUCCUAACCCUAUCGGUCGAUCGAAUCAUGACAGCUUCGUCUUUAGCCUGGACCAUACCCGCAAGCAUUAUGGAGACAGCCGUGUCACAUUGGCUCGUGUGCAUUCAUCUUGGCGGCCUUGGAAUGUAGAGGACGGACGUGUGCAGACCAUGCUCGUCACGAUUCCUGACGUGCAUGCUCCUGCUGAUAUGCCGCUUGUACCAGCAAGUGUUCCUCUAGACGUGAGGUUCCUUGACGAAGGAUGCAUGAUUGACAACGCCCUGCCAGAUUGCUCCAAGGCGCUCACUUGUCUAGAUGUCCUUCUUCAAGACGAAGUUCCAAUCCAAACUUUCGCAGACUAUUCUUGGGCUCUAGAGAGCGCUAAAACACUGCCAGCAUGCUCAUCCUGGCAGCCAGUGCACUCAGAUUGGUCUGGAAAAUGUCCUUGUGCACCACUCUAUCCGGAGAUUCACUGGAGCAUCAACGAAAAAGGAGUAGCGACUGCAUACGAGGACCGUCAAGCUGCUGCCACGUUCGAGCGCGCCAUUAAGCAGCGUCCUGAAAUAGUCCAAUUGGAAGCUUUUAGAGAUCCAUCCGGAACACGAAUUCGGGUCGGUCUCGAUAUCCUGUCGUUGACGCACCGCGCUCAAGGGAGAUUCCCCAAGAGCGUCUCUCCGACUACUUUCUGGAGGCUGACAACGGAUCAUGCUGAUCUACCGUCACAGCCCUUUCCGAAGUUCCAACUGCAAAGCAACGCGAACGACGUUCAAGACUCCGUAAUAAAGCCGCCAGAGUACCUACGAGGUGCGCAGAUGAGGUCUGUGUCAUGGAUGGCAAAGCAAGAGCUAGGCAAAACGAUAAAGAUUACGGAGACAGAAGAGUCGGUGCACUCAAGUCUAGGAUGGAGAGCAGAAGCUCGGGCAGAGACAGAGCAAGUUGUUCGUGGUGGUGUGCUCGCCGAUCACCCGUCUUUCGGCAAAACUGUCACGAGUAUCGGGCUCAUUCAGAGCGAGUUCGAACAGUUCACAAUGGAGAAGAUCAUCCAGCGCAAUCGACCGCUAGCGGCUAAGCAGCCUCAACUUCUGGAUUCAGGUGCAACUUUGAUCGUUUCUCCUCCCCACAUCACGGAGCAGUGGAACACAGAGCUCGAGAAGUUUUUAGGCUCAAAGACAUAUGAGGAUUACAGGAUUCUCGUCGUGCAGAGCUACAGUCAGUUGAAAGACCUCACCAUCGAAAAACUCCAGCAAAGCAAAGUCAUCAUAGUCUCAUGGACGUUGCUCGCCGAGGCAGCCUAUGUCGCAGACCUAGCUAGAUUCACCGCAUUACCCGAACCUACAAUGACCAGUCGUCGUGCGUUCAGUUGCUGGUUGGAUAGAGCCGUUAGCGAGAUUUCAAAUCAGCUGGCUGUGUACCACCAGCGUCAUGACUACAAGGACUUCCAACGACGGACGAAGAAACUUCUGGAUGAACGACUUCAGCAACCCGAGUUCCAGGCCUCAUUACCGAUCAGCAUCCGACAUGGUAGCGCGUAUCUUUCUUUUGGGGCCAUGUCGUCAACUCCAGGUUCCUCGAAAAAAGCCAAAGCAAAGGCGAAAGCAAAGGCGAAAGCAAAGGCCACAUUGGGAUCAGAGAGCUCGUCACACCUAGUGCCAUUACUUCAUCUUUUCCGGUUCAACAGAAUCAUUGUUGACGAAUAUCACUAUCUCUAUGACACCAACCAGAUCAGAAACAACUUCGUGGCCACGAGCAUCAAACAAGUUGCUGCGCAUAGACGCUGGGUAUUGUCUGGAACGCCAGCCUUAUCCAACUUCUCCGAUGUCAAUCAGCUGGCAUCCUUCCUCGGAGUCAAGCUUGGUCGGCACUUCUGUGGCGACGGCACGGUCGUGACAUCAGCGGAGAAGAUGUCGAAACUUGACCAGACCGACGUUGAAAGUUUCUUGUCACAAACAGAAGUUAUGUCUAGACAGUGGCAUAGGGCGAGACAUGAACGGGCACAGGACUUCCUCAAUGACUUCGUGAGACAGAAUGAGCCGGAGCUUCAGCACAUCGCCUGCACCGAGGAGCUUUUACCGGUGAAUCUGGGUGCUGCCCACCACGCUGUCUACUUAGAGCUCACUCAACACCUAAUCUCCCAGAAGAUGCAGAUCAAAAAGCUCAACAAAAAGUCUGGGUCGGACAGGAGUAUUAGGCUGAACGAUAGUCUCGAGAAUUCCGCAAGUGCUGAAGAAGCGCUACUCAGGUGUGCAUUGCUCUUCGAGACUGAGGAAGGCAAAUCUGCGCUCGAAUCCUUGGCUGAUAAGAGGUCGCAACAACUACACAGCACGAAGAAGGAACUGUUGAGAAUACUGUCAACAUUCGAGGGCUUAAUGAAAAAGUCUAAGAACAGUGAGCCGGCCAUCAAAGACCUGUAUGGCCAUUUCCAGACGGAUAUCACACAGUCCAAUUGGCUCGGAGACGAUGAGUCCAGUCAGAUUGUUCGCGGCUUGAUCGAACAAGCACAAAAGACACCAAAGUCAGGGCUUGCUGAUGACGCAGGCUUGUCUAAAGAUAAGCGUGAGCGAUUGAUCAAACAGGAACUAUCACAGCUCCGAGAUACUGCCGUCGAACUUGCUCAUAGGACAAGGUCAAGGCGUUUCAUCGUAUCUAUCCGCGAACAUUCAAUGCUUGCAAAGCGCGAUGAGGAGCCCAUUCGCUGCAGUUCACCGGACUGCAAUACCAUAGCUGACAUCCAAUCGCUCUUCAUGAUACCGCACUGCGGGCAUACUGCAUGCAAAGAGUGUCUCGAAUCACGAACUGACGAUGAGGCCUGCAUUCACCCUGGUUGCAACUCUCGUGCGAAUGAGAGUAGCCUGAUCCGAAUGGCUGAUCUGGGCUCCGGCGAAGACCAGAAUGAGGAGACGGAGUUUGGCAAUAAGCUUCAGGCCAUCGCUCAGCUAAUCUUAGCCCUUCCAGACGGUGAUCAAGGCAUCGUGUUCGCGCCAAACCAACAGAUCAUCAGUAUUUUGGAAACUGUAUUUGACCGCUAUGAGAUCGCCUACCACUCCCCAGGCCAAAGCGGAGAUAAGGCAUCAGCAGCGCAGCUUAUGGAGGACUUCAAGACGAACACAGAUGUGAAAAAGAGGAAAAAGCUGAUCAUACUCAAUCUGGGAAGCGAGUCUGCCGCUGGCGUCAAUCUCACAGUGGCCAACCAUGUCAUCUUUGUUUCACCCUUCUUGGCAAAAACACAAUAUCACUACGACUCAGCCAUGGCACAAGCUAUCGCUCGAAGCCGUCGUUAUGGUCAGCAGAAGAAGGUUCACAUCUAUCAUGUCAUCGCAAACCGUACGAUCGACGUCGAUAUCCUCGAACACCGGCAUAGACGCAGUGACGCGGUCACUACCAUGGGGGCCGCGGUCAAGUUACCAGAGCCAUCGGCUACAAAGAAAGAAAGGACGAAGCUUGUCAAGAAUAACAGGGGCGAGAUGAUACUGGUGCCGCUUAGCUGGCUAGCAGAUGAAGCCAAGCGAAGAACGAUGGAGAUUAAGGAGACGACGGAGCAAUUCACCUCCCUGAUCAACUUUUCCGAGACGUUCGAGCAGGAGGAUGAUGAGCCUUGA